AUGGCCGACGCACCUCGCGGAGGAGCAGCAGCAGGCGGAGCCCGUGGAGGCUUCGGCUCUCGAGGCGACCGAGGCGGAGACCGUGGACGAGGGCGCGGAGGACGUCGUGGGCCUCGCCGAGGUGGGAACAAGAGCGAAGAGAAGGAAUGGCAGCCGGUGACGAAGCUGGGACGUUUGGUCAAGGCUGGGAAGAUCAAGAGCAUGGAGGAGAUUUAUCUACAUUCGUUGCCGAUCAAGGAGUACCAGAUUGUGGACUUCUUUCUGCCCAAGUUGAAGGACGAGGUGAUGAAGAUCAAGCCCGUCCAGAAGCAAACUCGCGCCGGUCAACGUACCCGAUUCAAGGCCAUUGUUGUCAUUGGCGACUCGGAAGGCCACGUCGGUCUCGGCAUCAAGACCUCCAAAGAAGUAGCCACCGCUAUCCGCGCCGCCAUCAUCAUCGCGAAGCUGAGUGUCCUGCCGAUUCGAAGAGGGUACUGGGGUACAUCUCUUGGUGACCCCCAUUCCCUGCCUACGAAGGAGAGCGGCAAGUGUGGCUCCGUUACCGUUCGACUCAUCCCUGCUCCCCGCGGUACCGGCCUCGUCGCCUCUCCAGCUGUCAAGCGUCUGCUCCAACUCGCAGGUGUCCAAGAUGUCUACACUUCCUCCGCCGGCUCUACGAAAACCCUUGAAAACACCCUCAAGGCUACCUUCGUGGCUGUAGGCAACACAUAUGGGUUCCUAACGCCGAACCUGUGGAAGGAAACCAAGCUCAACCGGAGCCCAUUGGAGGAAUUCGGUGAUGUGCUCAGGGAAGGGAAGAGAUACUAG